AUGUCUUCCAUGCUCUUCCGCCGCGCCGCCGCGCCCGCCGCAUCGACCGUCCGCGCAUUUAGCACCUCGUCGCCGCGCGCCAUUGCCCGCAUCUCCAUCAUUGGCAACCUCGCCGACACCCCCGAGGUCGUGCCCACCAGCUCCGGCCGCGAAAUCAUCAAGUACGCCGUCGCCAGCAACUCGGGCCCCAAGGACAACCGCCAGACAUCGUGGUUCCGCGUCACCAGCUUCGCCGAGGGCCCCCGCAAGGACUUUCUCCUGACACUGCCCAAGGGUGCCACCGUCUUUGUCGAGGGUGACGCCAGCACCGGCACCUAUCAGGACAAGGAGGGCCAGACCCGCAGCAGCUUCAACAUUGUUCAGCGCAACAUCGAGGUCCUCAGACGUCCCCAGUCCCAGAACGAGUAA